GAAAGUCAAAGAUGUUUACGUGAAGAGAGAGGUCAGCAAAGACGAAGCUGUCAUUUUUAUAAAAGGAAAAGACAAUAAAGAUGAAAUCAUACCAUUAAGUAAUAUCACAAAAUUAUCUUAUCGUGAUGUUCUCAUUAAAGGGAGAGCCAAUGAAACCAAAGACUUAGAGGAUUUUAUAAAUAAACAUCAUAGACAUAUAAUGGAUUUUUUGGAUUUAUUUAAUAAGGGAAUGGAUGCUAUUCCAUCAUUACCAGAGAAUCAAGUUGUAUAUGAUUUGAAGAAUAAAAAUUAUGAUAUUACCCGAUGUACUACAAGAGUAUUUUCUGAGGUUAAACAGGAAAACCUUAUUUUUGAAAUACUUCGUGAAGUUUACAAAAUUACAAAAGCUGGUGAAUACUUUGAAAAAGCCUUUGAAAUAUUGGAAAGUGGAUUUUGA